AUGGCUGAUACCAUUAUCAUGCCACCACCAGCUCCCAGCGUACUCAUCCUCUUUGCAGACAUAGAGGGUUUCACGAGUCUGGCCUCCCAGUGUACUGCUCAGGAGCUGGUCAUGACGCUGAACGAGCUCUUUGCCAGAUUUGAUAAGCUAGCAGCUGAGAACCACUGUUUACGUAUCAAGAUCCUGGGUGAUUGCUAUUACUGUGUGUCUGGGUUGCCAGAAGCAAGAGCUGACCAUGCACACUGCUGCGUUGAAAUGGGAAUGGAUAUGAUCGAGGCCAUCUCACUAGUCCGGGAGGUGACGGGAGUAAAUGUCAACAUGAGGGUUGGAAUCCACAGCGGGAGAGUUCACUGUGGGGUCUUGGGCCUUAGGAAGUGGCAGUUUGAUGUGUGGUCCAACGAUGUUACGUUAGCAAACCACAUGGAAGCAGGAGGCAAAGCUGGGCGCAUCCACAUAACAAAAGCAACCCUGAACUAUCUCAAUGGAGACUAUGAGGUGGAGCUGGGCUUUGGAGGGGAACGCAACGCUUAUCUGAAAGAGCACAGUAUUGAGACCUUCUUGAUUGUACGGUGCAGCCAGAAACGGAAAGAUGAGAAAGCCACAAUAGCCAAGAUGAACCGUCAGCGUGCGAACUCCAUCAGCCAUAACCCGCCGCACUGGGGUGUCGACCGGCCCUUUUAUAACCAUCUUGGAGCUCACCAGGUCUCCAAGGAGAUGAAGAGAAUG